GGUACCGCUGCAUGAAGAUGGCGGCCGAACUAGUGGAAGCGAUGAACAUGGUCAAAAGUUUCCGGGUCUCAGACCUACAGACGUUGCUGGCCUCAAUGGGUCGCAGCAAAAGUGGGCUGAAGCAGGACCUGGUGGGGCGAGCUUUGAGGCUAGUGCAGACAGAAUACAGCCCAGAACUGCUGAAGAACGUCAGGCAGCUGUAUGAGUCACGAUUCCCUAAAACAACGAACUGGCUGCCAGCACGGCGUCCAGAUGGAGUCCCAGUUUCCUACCAGUCCCUCAGCAGCUCCACCACCCCCUCACAGGGCACAGACUACCUCAACGGGAUUUCCAAACCACUGCUUGCGCCUCGAGCGGAGGUCAAGCUGGCGCCUCUGCCCUUCUACCAAACCUUAGAGACGCUGCUGCCACCAACAGAUCUUCUCGCCCAUAACAAUGAGAAACUACAAGACAGUCAGUGCAUCUUUGAAUUAACACCAAACCAAGCAGAUCAGCUCAGAAAUGCAAGUGAGAUUCGUCCAGGAAUGAGGUCAAUCCAAGUGGUUCUCAGAAUCUGUUACUCGGACUCGGUUGGCAUUCAGGAGGACCAGUACCCUCCCAACAUUGCUGUCAAAGUCAACCAGUCCUACUGUCAUGUACCGGGAUAUUACCCUUCCAAUAAGCCAGGAGUUGAACCGCGUCGUCCCUGUCGCCCCAUAAACAUCACUCCUUGGUUGCACCUCUCCAGUGUUCCCAACAGAGUCACCAUCACCUGGGGGAACUUCGGCAAGCGUUACUCUGUUGCAGUGUAUCUAGUGAGGGUUUUCACUGCUUCGGACCUCUUCAACCAGUUAAAGCUCUGCUCUGUUGAGAAUCCAGAACGCUGUCGUGAACGCAUUCAAGAUAAACUUCGGUUUGAUCCAGAGAGUGAAAUAGCGACCACAGGCCUCAGAGUCUCUUUAAUCUGUCCACUGGUGAAGAUGCGACUUGGUGUGCCGUGCAGAGUCCUAACCUGCGCCCAUCUUCAGUGUUUCGAUGCCGUUUUCUUCCUGCAGAUGAAUGAGAAGAAGCCCACGUGGACUUGCCCUGUCUGCGACAAGCCUGCUCCAUUUGAGCUGCUCACCAUCGAUGGGUUAUUAUCUGAGAUCCUGAAAGAGACGAGCGAGGACAUUGAGGAGAUCGAGUACCUAACAGACGGCUCCUGGCAGCCCAUCAGUGACGACAAGGAGAGGGAGAGGGAAAGAGAGCGCAGCAACACGCCAGAGUACUCUGUUGUUGAUAUAUGCAUUCCUGAAGCCAACGGACACUCACCGGCUCACAGCAGCACCAGUCAGACGGGCCGAUCCGGAAGCAGCUCGCUGGGGGYGGCUGCAGUGGCGGGAGGACCCACGGCGGCGCCGGGAGGAGGUGCAGUGGUAGACCUGACUCUGGACUCCUCCUCUGAAGAGGAGGGGGGAGGGGCUGGCGGGGACAGCGAGGACACGGAGGACAGCACGGACAGUCCCGCCCCUAAGAGAGGUCGAUACAACUUCGACAAGGACCUGGUCACUGCGUACUGACCCUGCAGUUCUGCCCCCUCACAAACUGCCACGCAGAGCUGCAGGGGGCUAGAAUAAAAAAAAACGUCGAGGACAGGAACACAGUAAUCCACUAGAUGCAACUCCCCUCCUCAACCCUCAGAUAUCAGAGCCUUUUUUAGCAGCUCUAGUUUCAAACCAGACACAACACACACUCUGUCAAUGACUCUUCAGUUUAGAGUGACGAGGAUUUUCUGUUUGUUUGUUUUGCACUGCACAUCUCUGGAAGCAGCUCUUUUUUGGCCCGUUGGCACCCUGCAGUGAGACUGACUGGACCCAGCACCCCACCACCAUUCUUACUCUUCUCUUUCCAGACUACUCCCUCUCGCUGUAUUUCUUACACAGUACAGGCUCUUUUAGCCACAAGCGCUCAGUGUUUGCAUCCGAUGUUUGUCACAUUGAAGAUGAACCGGACCGCAGAGGAUCCUCAGUAACGUUUGGAUGAAGGUGAAAAACUCAGAAGAUGUAACUUGGAGGAACCUGGCAGAAAUAUGUCAAGUGGGGUAGAAAUUUAAAGUCUUUUUGAUUUUAUUUAGUCCUUGGAUAAAGAGAAGCUACCUCAGUCAGAACAAAAAUAAAUAAAUAAAUAAACAAACAAAUAAAAAGUUAGACUGGCCUGGGAAUAGCUUUGAAAGAUAGGGAGGGGCAGUUAAAUUGAGUCUUUCAAGUUCCUGUUUAACACUGGAGAUUCUUUUCUUUAUUUUAUUUUUUUUAAUCGUAGGUUUUAGUUACCUUCUCGUCACGCAGCUGUUUGGCCUCUGCAGCGACCUAAAAUCAGUGACCAUUGCUGUGUGGGUUAUCUGGUUAACAGUUACUGGAAAAAAAAAAGAUUUGUUAGAGGAAGUGUUAACUUUACUGCAAAUCUCAAACAUUUCUUAGGAAUGACACUUUUAAAUUCCAAAUUAACAUAAACCAAAUCACUGUAAGGAUUUUAUGCCAAAGCAGAAAUGUGUGGGAGUCACUGGCAGGUAAUGUUCUUGCGGUUUUGAUGCCUUUUUUUUCUAGACUCACCUGGACUGCUGGCCGGUUUAUACUCUACACUUCUAGAUUUCUGAGUCAGAAGAGUGAACUAAGCAGGAUGUAGAAGUACUGGUAUCUUUUAUAACAUCUGCAUCCGUUCUUUUUGGUAAAUUUCUUAACAUUUGGCUGCUGCUCGAGCUGGUUCUUUCCUCAAAUCGGGCACCUCCAACUGCUGGGAUUUGGKUGUUGGCCUACAAUCGAUCCAGGCUCGUGGCUCUGCUGUUAAUGAACAGUCUUUUUUUUCCUCUCUCCUCUCCCACUGAGUUCAACCUGGGUCACAGCUGGGAGUUCUGCUGCUGCACAAAACAUAACAUUUAAACUCGGUUAGAUUACAAAUGGUCCUGCUUGGCAUGAACAGCGUCACCCUUCAGACUCCUUACAGCGCGGGGAGGCUCGUAUUUAUUUUCUUUAGCAGAGUUAAGAAUUUGUUUGCUACAUUCUGGAGGGCGGACGCUCCGAGUCCUCUGAAUCCAGCAUCAUUAGUAGAAAUCUGUGACKGCUGCUCUUCUAAUGAGACUCAGGCUGGAUGCGCAGGUUCCAGAUGUGUUUCACGGUGCGCUUUUUGUUUUCUUUAGAGAUGCGCUUACUUUAAGUACUUUGAAACGGUUAUUUAUUUUUUUUUAGUUCCUUGUGCAGCAAGUAAUGACUGAAUCCUUGGGCAUGGUUGUGGAAAAGAACCCAUAACCAGAGGUCCUGGUCCAGUGGGGCAGAUGACUCCUAAGUUCUGCAGGGUGUGGUGCUUGUCAUCAUCAUGCAGGUUUUCKUUCCCCUCGUUGAAAUUUAAACACAUUUAUUUGUGGCCUCACUGUUAACGACGGGGGGAAAAUAGUAACUCAGAUCUAGUCUUCCUUUUUUUUGAUGGCUUAGAAAAUUAGAAUUAAGAGGAAAACUUUUAGAUAAUCCAAACAAGCUGGUGGCUCUUUGCAAAACUGAUAUUUGUUCCUAAGAAUCUAUAUUCUACAUAAAGCGCUUUGAUGCAAAUUUAACAGAAAAAAAAAAGAACUCGGAUACCUACCUUUUAAUAAGGCAGUUUUUUUGUUUGUUUUGGUUUUUUUUUUGUUUUGUUUUGUUUUUAGCAAGUAAGUAUACAUUUGAAGAGGGCAUUUUUCCUUUGCUAGAUUUAGGUCAUUAUUUGAGUGGAUCUCCUGCACUUCUAAUGGCCUUGUGGGUAAAGAGGAGGUGGUGUGGGUUGCUACUGUAGAACUGAGCCAGACAGGAGGCUGAAGAGAGCUGAGGGUCUUUUUUUUUUUUUUUUUUGUAGUGACAUUUUCUUAUAAUGCAUAAAGUAGCAUGGACAGAGGCUUUCAGUCCAUGGUGUACAUGUUUUGUUUAUUUUUUAUGUUCUUAAGACAAUAAAAUUUAAAUAAUAUUUUAUUAAGCCUUGAAUUGCCUCCAGUUGUUCUUCUAGGCAGACAGACAAAAAGAAGCCAAGMGCAGCAUCACUGGACUCUGAUGCCACUGAGAACUGGGAGGAACUGGUUCAGGGGUGGACUGUUAUGUCCUGUACCAAAGGAGAGGACGUAACUACUGAGAUCUGAGGGGGGGGACGUUUGAUGCCUGUUAAGGAUGAAUAUGUACAAUUUGAAAUGAUCGUAUUCUAACAGCUGUUAUUGAUGUGUUGAAAUAAAAUGAGUUCUUUAAAA